AUGCUCCAUCUGAACAACUGAGAUGAGACUGAAGACUUCCCUUUUGAAGGAGCCAAAACAUAAGGACUUGGUGAGCUGUGUGGGAUGGACGACAGCUGAUGAGCUCUACUCCUGCAGUGAUGACCACCAGAUCAUGAAAUGGAACCCUGUGACCAGCGAGACCACUCGAGUGGUGAAGCUCCCAGAUGAUGUUUAUCCCCUGGAUCUCCACUGGUUUCCCAGAGGGAUUGGUGGCAAGAAGCAAUCCCAGUCUGAGAGCUUUGUUCUGACCAGUUCUGAUGGGAAAUUCCAUUUGAUUUCCAAGCUAGGAAGAGUGGAGAAAAGUGUGGAAGCACAUUGUGGAGCUGUCCUUGCAGGCAGGUGGAAUUAUGAGGGAACAGCCCUGGUUACAGCUGGGGAAGAUGGCCAAGUGAAAAUCUGGUCCAAAAGUGGAAUGCUCAGAUCCACUUUGGCUCAGCAAGGAUCACCAGUAUACUCAGUCUCCUGGGCACCUGACUCUGACAAAGUUCUCUACACCUCAGGGAAGCAGCUGAUUAUCAAACCCCUGCAGCCAAAUGCCAAGGUUUUGCAGUGGAAAGCCCACGAUGGGCUGAUUUUAACCAGCGCCUGGAACGCAGUGAAUGCCCUGAUCCUUUCUGCAGGGGAGGAUUGCAGAUACAAGGUCUGGGACUCUUACGGCCGUGCCCUGUACAAUUCCCAGCCUCAGGAAUAUCCCAUCACUUCCGUUGCCUGGGCUCUGCACGGACAAUUCUUUGCCGUGGGCUCUUUCAACACCCUACGGCUCUGUGAUAAAACUGGGUGGUCCUAUGCCCUGGAGAAGCCCAGCACUGGGAGCAUUUUUGGCAUUUCCUGGUCCAUGGAUGGCACCCAGCUGGCUGGAGCGUGCGGGAACGGCCAGGUCAUCUUUGCCCACGUGCUGGAACAGCACUGGGAGUGGAAAAACUUCCAAAUUACCCUAAUUAAGAGAAGAACCAUGAAGGUGCACAAUGUCCUCAACGAUGCCGUGGAUUUGUUGGAAUUCCGGGACAGGGUCAUUAAAGCCUCCCUGAAUUUUGGGUAUUUGGUGGUUUCCACUUCCCUGCAGUGUUACGUGUUCUCGACAAAGAACUGGAACACUCCGUUGAUUUUUGACCUGAAGGAAGGAGCUGUGAGUUUGAUUCUCCAAGCAGAAAGGCAUUUUCUUCUUGUGGAUGGUGGAGGACUUUAUUUAUAUUCUUAUGAAGGCAGAUUAAUUUCUUCUCCAAAAUAUCCAGGCAUGAGAACAGAUAUUUUAAAUUCCCAGACAGUGUCCCUGAGCAAUGACACCCUGGCAGUGAAGGACAAAGCUGAUGAGAGAGUUAUCUACUUAUUUGAAGCUUUAUCUGGGAGGCCACUGGGUGAUGGAAAACCUCUGACCCACAAGACAGAGAUUGUGGAGAUUGCUUUGGACCAGAAAGGAUUGAUAAGUGAGAGAAAAAUAGCUUUUAUUGAUAAAAACAGAGAUCUUUUCAUCACCUCCGUCAAGAGGUUUGGCAAGGAGCAGAAAAUCGUCAAAAUAGGGACAAUGGUUCAAAGUUUGGCCUGGAAUGACAAUUCCAACAUCCUCUGUGGAAUUCAAAAUUCCAAAUUCACAGUGUGGUACUAUCCCAACACAGUUUAUGUGGAUAAAGAUCUUCUGCCAAAAACCCUGUACGAAAAAGAUGCCAGUGAGCUGAGGCAGAGCCCGGGCAUUGUGAGUUUUGUGGGUACCCAGGUGACGGUGCGGAGGUGGGAGGGGUCCCUGGUGCACCUGCCCGUGUCCCCCUACCCCGCCGUCCUCCAGCACCACGUCACCUCCUCCCGCUGGCGCGACGGGCUCCGCCUCUGCCGCUUCCUCAAGGACCAGACCCUGUGGGCUUGCCUGGCUGCCAUGGCAGUGGCCAACGGGGACACGGCCACGGCCGAAAUCGCUUACGCGGCAAUCGGCGAGAUCGACAAGGUGCAGUACAUCAGUUCCAUCAAGGAUCUGCCUUCCAAGGAAUCCAGGCUGGCUCGCAUGCUGCUGUUCAGCGGCAACGGCCAGGAGGCCGAAACGCUCCUGCUGCAGGCAGGGCUGCUCUACCAGGCCAUCCAAAUCAACAUCGACCUCUGCAACUGGGAAAGGGCCCUGGAGCUGGCCGUGAGGCACCGCAGCCACGUGGACACGGUGCUGGCUCACCGGCAGCGCUUCCUGGCGGCCCUGGGGCGGACGGAGCGCAGCCCCCGCUUCCUGCAGUUCCAGGGGCAGCUGGAAGUGGAUUGGGAUAAAAUCAAAGCCAAAAUAGAGAUGGAAAUUGCUAAGGAAAGAGAAAGAGCAGCAGCCAGUGCUGCAGUGAGGAGCAGUGUGACUGUGCAGCAAUAAUUCACAUUUUGGGCACCUUCAAAAUUCAAUAUUUGGUACUGGCUUGUUGUAAAAAAAAAAAAAAAUAUAUAAAUAAAUCAGCAAAUAUUCUGUGGGCCAAAAAAAAAAAAAAAAGAGAAUUUCUGCGGGUUUGGAUCUUUGGGUGACACACAGGAUGAAUUAUUUCAUUUUAUUCUGAGCUGGGUUUGUGUUCUGGUGUCUGGCAUGGAUGCACAUAUGAGAAAUUAAAAAACAAAAAAUUUAAAAAAAAAAAGGAAUUAACUGUUCCUCUCUUGGUGGUUGUAAAUUUUCGUUGCCAUUAAUAUUCUUUAAUCUGGGUUGCUUCUGCUGAAAUCACAGCUGAAGCCCCAAGUGAAGAAAUUUGGUUAUUUUUGGAAAUUCAAGGACCUCUCCAGCCUUGUUUAAAUUACCCUAAAACAAAUCUAGCAAAGUGGAAGCGCUGAAAAUGCAAAAAAUAAUUUAAAAAAAAAUUACCUUGAGCCUCUAAAAUACAAAUAUUUCCCUCCCAGUUGUGGGAAUAAAUAUUUGUUAGGAUGUCCAGUUCUUGAAUAGAUGAUUUCAGAUAAUUUCAACAACUCAGGUUUGUCACUGAGCAAAACAAUCAGCACUGAAAUGGUUUUUUUUUGUUGUUGUUUAAAAUAUUUUGGAACGUGCUUUCAGGGCUGUAGGAAGCAACAAACAGCAUUUGUAGCAUCUGACAUGUAAAAUUGACAAGAAUAUUUAAAAUUAAAUCGUAUUUUAUGGUUUUUUUCCCUGCCUGAAGCUUUUGAUUUGUAAAUAUUUUUUUAAAAUAUGGAUGUUAAUUUGAGAUGCACUUCUGUUUCACACCCAAAAGUGGCUGCGUUGCUUUUUUGUGUUAUAAAUAUAUUAAAUCUGAUAUAAAUCACCAGUUUGUUCUUUAUUUGUUAUGGAUCUUCCAAAACGUCACCAGCAGAAAUGUUAAAAUAUCUGUACAAACACAGAUGUG